AUGGGAAAGUUCGGAAACGCUAUUAAGGCCGGCCAGAGUGCCGUUGAGCUCGGCCGCAACGUGCAGGGCCUCGCCGGCGCCGCCUCCGAGUUCCGUAACGCGGAUAAGGCAGAAAUGGGUCGCCAAGCCGGACGCGGUGUCUUCAACGAGGGCGCUGCAACGGGCAAGACCAUGGGGAAAUCAUGGCUCAAGACAUUCGAAGUCGUACCCCGCCUAGUCUGCCGCGGUCUCCAAUUUCUCUUCGCUCUCAUCGCCUGCGGCUUCUACGGCAACCGUGUCGACGCUGACCGCAAGGCAAACGAUGGCUUCUCGCCGGAAUGGAUCUUUGCCAUUACCGUGGCAGGAGCUUCAGCUGUCACGGCUGUUCUCUUCGUCGCUGCCACACCGCUCGGCGCUAUUCCCUAUGUUGGCAGCAGAAUCAAGAUCUUCAAGACCUACCGUGCUUUCGCUUGGGACUUUGUCCUUUUCGUUUCUUGGAUCGUGGUGUUUGGCAUUUUUGCAGCAAUUUUCCUUCACAGGGAGAGCGACAACUCAUACAAAGGCAGCAAGACGAGCUUGAUGAAGGUUGCAGUCUGGAUCGACUUGGUCAAUGCAAUCUUUUGGUUCGUUUCUGGUGUUUACGGCUGCAUCAAGACAUUUUUAGGAGACAAGACGGACGCAAUGACCGACAAAAUUGGUCAGAAGUUAUUUGAGAAGAAGAAAGCUAAGGAAGUGCCUGCCAAGGAGGCGGGCUACGCCGAGAGCGUAUAA